CCCAGCUUGUGGUUAGGUGCGUGCUGCAAGAACUAAAUAAUUUGUUUAAGGAUUCGCAACCCUCCGAAGAGGCACAAGGCUCUGGCACUGCGCCUUCUGGGUAAUCCGGCAGUGGCAGUUCGUUCCAGAUUUGCUUUCUAACCGCAUUAUUUCGGACGACUGCCGCUCGGUUACGCGAAGCACCGGCAGAGGCAGCAGCUGUCCACGCGCUUUGCCGCCACGCGCCUCGGCCCUGCGCGGUGCCUCCUGCAGAACACGAGGACCGAGCGUGUCAGUGGGAACAGCGGCGUGUUCAUUCACAUACUGACAUCGGCGAUCGUCACCGAGCGCUGACCAUGAUGAGUGUCUUGCUGCUGUUGUUGGUGUUUCUGCUGUGUGAGGCGCCAUUGGUCUCCCUGUCUCCCGACAGGCAGCAACGGUCUAGGAGAGGCCUGCUGGAGCUGGCUGGGGUCAUCAGGUGCAGCACAGGGAGGUCUGCCCUGGCCUACAUGGCAUAUGGCUGCUACUGUGGACUGGGCGGCCAGGGCUGGCCAAGGGACCAAACAGACUGGUGCUGUCACAAGCAUGACUGCUGCUAUGAACAAGCUGAAUAUGGUGGCUGCCAAACUAAGACUGAUAAUUAUCAGUGGACGUGUGAAGACCAUGUUGCUGACUGUGAUUCUCUAAAUGACAGGUGUGAAAAAAUCCUUUGCCACUGUGACAGGGAAGCUGCCAGAUGCUUGAGAAAAGCUCCUUUCAUAAGGAAAUAUGCUUUAUGGCCAGAUUUUUUCUGUGGAUGUGAUCAUCCAACAUGCAAUUAUUACUAAGAUAUAUUUUUGAAAAUGUUUCUUUGUAUAUUCUGCUGGAUUUCUCAGAAGUAAAAUUCAAAGAACACGUGAAAUGAAGUUCUUAAAUCAAAAUGGGUUGAGUGAAAAGUGUGGAUGGUAAUUUUCAGUAAAAUAAUUGAACCUUUACAGGUCUAACGCUAAAAGCAAAACUUCUGCUUAGAUGCAGGACUUCAUAUAAUGUUGAUCUACCAACUGAACUCAAUUCAGAGUGACAGAAAAAAUAUAUAAUCCAUUAAAGAUAUGACAAAACACAACAUAGUAAACAAUGGAAUCUGCAUUAUUUAUGACUUUUUUUAACUAAUAUAAAGCAUUGAACCUAACUUAAAUCUAGUUUUGACUCAGUAGAACUUACGGAAAACAGCUUUCUAUAAAUAAUAAUACAUAAACAAGCUAAUCGGAAAAGACAGAUGCAGCUUAAUCACUUUGCACAAGCACAGCCAAUUUUAAAUUUGAGUCGAGAUAAUGUUCCACUGUAAAAAUUACAACAUGGAACAUACAGCAGUCCUGUCUUUCAAGCUGUUGGUGCUGUUAAAUGUAACUUAUCUGACUAGUUCAAUAUCAAUAAACGCUGUGAAAAACCUAUAUAACUGCCAGCCCAUGAUUUCAGAAUA